AUGUCAUUUCAACCAACCAAGCUUCCGAGCACAACAGUCCCUCCCGCAUCUCUCAGCCGAGAUGACUUCGCAAGAGAAAUACCGGAGCUUUUGCCGCUAUACGACAAGUUCCCGCACAUCAUCUACACAAAGUCCGAUCCUGUCUACGAGACGAUCAGUCCUGCGUUCAACUUGGCCGUCACUACUCGGCCACUCGUCGUCAUUCGUCCCCUCGAAGAAAGCCAUGUCCAAGCCACCGUCACAAUAGCGCGGGCUGCCGGCAUACCACUGGGCAUCCGCUCAGGAGGCUCCGAAAUGUAUGCGCGGAAUUACAAGGGCGUUGACAAUGGCAUCAUAAUCGACAUGCGCAGCAUCUGCUAUCUAAGGGUCCCUGACGACGAGGCGAGUGCGACCAUUGGCGGCGGCAUCAUCGGGGGUGACUUGGCGGUCGCUCUCGCGAAACAGGGCCUUUUCACGCCAAUUGGGUGGCAUCCCAGACUUGGCUACGUGGGAUGGUCUCUUGCGGGAGGUUACGGUCUCUACUCUUCCUCGUACGGCCUUGGUGUCGAUCAGAUUCUCGGCGCUCGUCUUGUCCUUGCUAAUGGAUCCAUGGUGGAUGUCGAUAAGAAUAAUCACCCCGAUCUGUUCUGGGCAUUGAGGGGAGCCGGAAAUGGCAUCUGGGGUGUCGUGACGCAACUCACCAUCAAAGUCUAUCCAGCACCGCAUCUUCUAAUAGGCUCAUUAGAGAUUCGCAAGGAAAACUGGCCCGCCGUCUUGAACCGGUGGACCAACGAUAUCGAGCCAAAUUUGCCCCAGGAGUUGGCAGGCGAACUGUAUUUUAGGAAUCCAAAGUUGGACGACCCGGAGAUGAUCAUCUUCUUUGCCUGGUGCGCAAAGGAAGGCGAUGAUCUGACGAAGGGAUGGGAGUACUUCAAUAUGUUGAAGUCAUUGCCUGGAGCAACUGUGCAGCGGAUUGCAGAGUCCGAUUUCGCUGCCUAUAUCAUGUCAGAGUUGACCGUCCAGCCAGCAUCUUUCCAGACCCGCGGAGUCAUCGCCAAAGGUUUGACCAACAAGAUAGCCGAUGUCCUCAUCAGCAAAUGGACAGGUUCAGACAUGUACAUGGGCAUUCCCUGCCACUUCAUACAUGGAAUGGCCACCAAGCCAGAUCCGAGCGCUUGUUUCCCACUACGUUACCGUCACAGAAUAUUCCCAAUCGCCGGCCGUCACCAGAAGCUGCGGGGGACAGAGGAAGGCGAUGCAAUCGCGGCGGACAUGUGUGCGCGUGUGGUGGAGGAGCUCAAGGCUACGGGCGAUGUCUAUGUGGGAGCUGCCUAUGAGAACUUGAUUCCUCCGAUCGAUACCGACUUGGAGGCUACUUUUGGCAGGGAGACGUUGGAGAAGCUGAGGGCUUUGAAGGAGAAGUACGAUCCUGAUAAUUUCUUUUCCAGAGGAUAUCCCGUUUUGUAG